AUGAAACAAGAUAAAACGGAAACCGAAAAACGUAGUUCUACAUCACCAUCAUUCUUAUCAUCAGUUCUAUCUUCAUUAUCAACAUCUUCAUCGAUUGAAUCUCUUAAACUUUUUCAUUAUAAUAUUCUUGAAGCAACUGUUUAUUUACUUGAUUAUAUAAAUUAUAUUUUAAUAGCUUUAAAACAUUUAUCAACAAUAAAUGAUUCAAUAUCUUAA